AUGCACAUGCUGAAGGUUUUGACCCUCCUGGCUUGUGCAGCGCUCGCUGCGGCCGGCUCGAGAAGUUCGAGUCGAGGCUACUCCACGCCAACUGCCGGCUACGGCGAUUCGUCGUACAGUUCGUACAAAGGCAGCAAGGCGUCCCGGCUGUCGUACGCUUCCUAUCCCGGCGACGGGCCGCAAGCUGAGCUGGCCGGCCUGGGCUCUCCCAAGGUGGCCAAGGGCAUCCUGCUCUCCAUCCGCGUCGUGAACCCCGACGAGAGCUCGGGACGCGUCACCACGGGGCCCGUCGUGUACGGCCGCGAGCAACCCUGCCCCGAGGACCACGUCCACGGAAGCCGACAUUUACAGAGCAUCGUCAGCAGCUACUCCGGAGGCGGAUCGCGGGGUAGCCGCGCCUACUCUCCCGCGCACUACCAGAACGCACUGUCGGCUGCCAAGAGCUACAGCGUCAGCCAGCAGAUUCAGGUUGGUGUACCAAGCAAUGCCAAGACGUACCAGUACCACGGCCAGUCGUACGCCGUGCCGGUGAGCGCCGUUCCAGCCACGGCGUCUCAGGAGGACGCCAAGUCGUACGUCGCGUACGCCGGUCAGUCGUCCGGUCCCCAGUACCAGCAGAGCUACCAGGUCGCCCAGGCUCCGUCGGCCGCAUAUCAGAGCGGCGCCGUGUCGCAAGGUGUCGGCGACGGAAAGGCAUAUGCUGGAACCGCUUACACGCACGGAGGACAGACUUACCAGGUCGUCGCCCAAGGAGGUGACGGCCAAGAGCACGUCUACGUCACGGCACAUCCCGGUGCGCACGGCGGACACGGAGGUGCCACGGCCGUCGCACAGAAGAGUUACACGCCGUACGCAGUCCAGGACUCGUACAGUGUCGAGGCGUCGCCCGCCAAGUCAUACAGCGGAGAAACGGGGGCGUCAGGCAACGCAAUCAGCGGACAGCAGGCCUCGUACGAGGUUACGGACGCGGGCCACGGUAAAGGGGGAUAUGGACCGGGUGGCCCCGCGGGAUACGCGGCUGGCCCGGGCUACGCCGGUGGACCGAGCUACGGUGGUGGCGGCCCAGGUGGUGCUAGCUACGCCGCCGUAGUGGGACGCGGAUACACGGCCACAGCGGGACCCAGCUACGGCGGCUCGGCUGGACCAAGCUACGGCGGCUCGGCUGGACCAAGCUACGGAGGAGGGCCGGCGGCGGCCGGCGGAUACGAGAAACCGGCGUACCAGGUAGCGGCCGUCUAUCCGGGAGCUCAGCCGACGUACGGCGUCAACGCAGCGGCUUUCAAGGCGGCCGCCGCGGCAAGGGCACAUGGAGGCUACGGAGGCAGCGGCGGAGAAGAGCAAACCAUCAUCGUGGCCUCGGACGCACCUUCCGGCGGAGACGGCAGCGGAAAGUCUUACGCGUCGUACCAGGGAGCGGCGGGACCGUCCUAUCAAGUCGCCGGCGCAGCGGCUCAAUCGUACAAGCCCGGACAGCAGCAGCAGCAACAGUACGCCGGGCCGCAUCAGCAGGCGUUCAGCCGGCACCCCGACUCCGGGUCCUAUUACUCUGGAGCUUCGUUCGCGGAAGCCAACAGGCUCGCCCUACAGAAGUACAAUGCCCUCAUGAGCCGAGCAGCAUCCCUAGUUGGUGGCCCACAAAAUCUUAAGGCCGUUGCUGCGCGGUACAACAUCCCCUGGAACUGGUAG